AGUUUAAUUAAAUAAAAUUUUAACCAAUCAGAAUAACAUUUAGUUCUAUCUACAUUACAGUGCAUUUAUUACAUUGGUUUAACGCAAAUGAAUGGAAUGCGUGGAAGUUUUAUAUUUAAAAUGUUGUUAAAAACGUAGUGAAAUGAUUAUGUUUUGUGAAUUCUAAGUGUCGUCUAAUUACUUUUUCUAGUUUGAAACGUAAAGGAUAGAAUGUGUUAGUAGAAAGUGAAACAUAUAAUUAUUUGAGAUAAAAUCGCUACACAAUACAGCCUUUCUAAGAGUAAUGUUGUAAAUUGCGUAGAAAACAAUGGAUAAAGCUAACACUGCAUCAUUGCGCAGCAUGGCUCCUCACUGGAGCCUUGCUGGAGAUAAGCAGCUUCUCAACAUCUUACAAGAUAUUCAUCAGAAAAUAAUGUCUCGAUGUCAAGAAACAAAUACAAAAUUGGAGGAAAUGACGAAUGCACUUGAUGGCGCUAAUAUUGAUCUACAGAAUGUCAACAACAAGUUUAUGGCCCUGAGCAAUAGUCAGUUUAUUGAAAGUAGAGUUUACGAAGAUGAAAUAAUUGUUACUAAUGAGGAUAUCAAAAGUAAGCCGCAAACUACAAAGGACCCAGAGUCGGAAAUGUCAAACUUAAAACAAAGUCUAAAGACAUUGGAGUCAAUGCACAAGUGUGUCAGAAUACUGAACAGUGAGAGUGAUUCUGACACAGAUGAUGAUGAUGGAAGAAUGGUAUUCAAACCAAAGGAUUUAUAUUUGCAUAGACCUUUGCCUCAUAUCAUAGGAUCUGAGGCGUGGAAGAGAAAAUGGCAUGCUGGUCUGAUAGCAGAAGACAGUGACAGCGAUAGUUCCACAUCUAAAGCGUGCGAGGCUCAGCCAGACCAGUACUCGCAGUCGGAAUCUGAUUCCGAUGUACCAACAGACAGACUGAAUAUACCACAGAGAACGAUAUCAUCAAGUAGUAGUAUGGUGGAGUCAGAGCGCAGCGGCCCGCCGCCAGUCAGUCAAGCGAACAUCGCGGCUGAGUUAGCAAGAAAAUUAGGGGGAAACUUACCUGAGAUCCCAGUGAGAACGAUGGAACCGGAAUUAAUAAAACCACAGCCAAUUCCAGCUCACGUUUAUAAACCACAAAAACCUCCAACUUCUACAAUAUUCUUCGACGAACCUCCUCCUCUGGAUGAUACUUACCAAUCAGAUGGAGAUGAUUCCAACGAUGAAGAUGACAUAUUUGCGGAGUUACACCAAAAUAAACCAACUGUCGGUACAAGUAAAGAUCAAAGUCAAUUAAACGAAGAUUUAUUUGGUGACCUAAACAAUUCUAGUAGUAAAGAUGAUGAUUUAUUUAACACUGAACAAGAAACUAUUAAACAGAAUGUGGAGGAACCUGAACGUGUUAAAGAUAAGAAACCAAUCGGCGGAAUCUCAGUUUUUGGAUCUCUUAAAGGUACCGAAAGUAUUGGAGCUUCGAUUUUACAACGUAACCGAAAAACUUAUAGUUCAGAUGAAAGCGAUGAAGAAAUGUUCAAAAAUAAUCAAAAACCCACACAAGUUAAACAUACUGAAAAUGUACCAUCAGAAAAGCCAGAAACAGCAAUAAAGAAAUCGAAAAAUGAGAUACAAGAUGUAAUACAGAAACCAGAGACUAACGAAAAGAAACCUGAAAGAGACAUCUUGGAAGAUAUAUUCAGUAAAAAUAAGCCUAGUCAAAUUAAAAACAUAACGACAAAAACAAAAAAAGAAACAAUACCAAAAGAAAAUAAAGACCUUUUUAGUGACAACCUUUUCGAUGAUAUUGAUGAUAUUUUUUCAGACAAUAUUAAAGUACCUAUUAAAGAAGCUGAUAAAAAUCUAAAAUCAAUAUUUGACGAUGAUGAUGAUCUAUUUGCUAAUGUAACAGUUGCCAGUGAAACAACAAAUGCAUCUAAAAACACUAGUUAUGAAGCAAAACAAUUAUUUGAUAGUGACAAUGAUGAUUUGUUUUCUGAUAUUCCUAUAAAAUCUAAUAUCGAACCUUCUAUAAGUAAAGUUACAAUAAAUAAUGCAAUUAAAGAUAAGAAAAACGUUACAAGUAUUUUUGGUGAUGAUAGCGAUGAUGAUAUAUUUUCUAAAGUUCAAAAAGACGUAGUUAAUAAUAAACAAACCAUACAAACAAAUAGUAUAGAAAACAAAGAAUUACUAUUAAGUGAAGAUGAUGAUAAUAAUAAUCUAUUUUCUCCCACAUUACUUACAAAUAAAAAAGAUACACCGCCUAUUUAUAAUCUGCCAGAAAAUAAAUCUUCAGAAAAAGUAGAAGCUGGUGAAAUUAAAAAUAAUACAGCCCAUAACAAUCUUGCCAGUAAUCAUAAUGUAUUCCUGACUCCCCAAUCUACACAACAAACAACAGAACAAAGUCCAGCGUUAUUUGAUGAUGACGAAAUUAAUGAUUUGUUCAAGAACAACCAGAAAAAAGAAAACAAUGUUUUAGAUAGAGAAUCCAAUACAACCAAUGAAAUUAAAGAAAACAAAGACAUCUUAGAGGAAUUAGAUGAUACCAUUAUACCUGAAGUUAUUGAUAUAAGUGAAGAUAUUAAAGUAGAUAAUAUAUAUUCUCAGUGUCAAGAAGUAAUAGAUCCCCCAGAAAUAGAUAAUGAUCCCCCGUCUAAGAAUGAUCUAGAAAGUUAUGCAAAGGACUCUGCAAGUGUAAAGGUCGAAAGUGAUAGUGAUUUAUUCGCUACUAAAAUGGAAAAUACACCUCUGCCGUCAUUACCAACACGACAGUCUCCCGAAUCUGAUGUUUUCAACGAUAUGUUCACCGAUGUGCCUCCAGAAUUCGAAAAACCGAAAGAACCUAAAAAGAGUAAAAACAUCAACGCGCUAUUUGACGAUGAUUCCGACGACGAGGCGUUAUUUUUCAAAAAAGAUGAUGUGAUUUCCGAUGAAAAACCUGACGUAAAUUCCUUGAUUAAAGAUGAUAAUUUAUUUAGGAUAUUUAGUGAUGAACCUCCAGCUAUCGAUAUAGAUUUUCCACCAGAACCUAGAAAUGAAAUCAAUGAACCAGAGUUAUUCAAACAACUUGAAUCUGAAAUUCCUGUUUUAUGCAACCAACAAACAACAAUAGACGAUGAAUUAGAAACAAGUGCUUACAAAGAUAAAGUAAUUGAUGUAGAAGUGAAUGACGAUAUUGACAGUCCUAGAAAAUCUAUUGGAAAACUUAAACCUAUGAGUUUUAAUAUCAAUGUCAAUACGUUAUUACCAGGUGCUUCGCCAAAGAAGUCAAAACCUAUCGAAGAAACUGACGGAUCAGUGGUAUCUGUUCCAGAUGGUGACAAACAAACUGACAUAGAUGAACCAACACUUGUAAAAUCCGUCAGUUUUGAAGGUGACGCGGAUUCAGAGCUUCUUAACAAUAAACUUUCUAAAGAACGAGCUAAAAUUCAAGUAAAAAGACGACCAUCAACUAGAAGAGCUAGACGUGAGGCGGUUAAGAAAUCUGGAAUCGAUUUCGGUAGUACAGAUUCAACGGACAACUCUAGUUCAAUAGAUAGUCCAAAAAGUACAACUAAAACAGUCGAUAUAUCAAAUAAAACUAUUGAAAAAAGUACAGAAAGAGAUGUUAAAUCUAAAAUUGUAUAUAUUUUAAACGACGAAGACAUUUUUACCAACGUCAAGACGGACAAAGUCCCUGAUAUUGCAAGUACUCAAAAUUCUAAUGAAAUUUUCAAACAACCGGUUAAUAAUACUGCAGUUCUUGAUAAUGAUGAUAUAUUUAAACAAAUACAGUCUUCCAAAAUAGAAACUACUUCAAAUGCAUCCUUAACUAAAGAGAACAGACAACAUAACAUUGAAAAAGAAACUGUUAAUUCUUCCGUAAAAACAGAUAACUUCCAAAAAACAAAAAAUAAAGCGUCAAUAUUUGAUGAUAUGAGUGAUGAGGAAAGUGAGUUAUUUUGCAAUAAAAAACCAGUUGUUACGAAUACUAAAAAUAUAUUCGGAUCUGAUAGUGAUGAAGAGCUUUUUGGGAACAAUAGUAAGAAACCUGUAGAGUCUGUAGUAAAGAAAACGAAUAUUAAAGUGGAAGUAAAAAAGUCGCUUUUUGAUGACGACAGCGGAGAUGAUCUCUUUGGCGGCGGAAAAAGUACAGGACCAAGUUUAUCAAAAAAACCUAAAGAAGUCAAAUCAACGAAAACAGAAACUGUAGUUAAAGAUCCUUUAUCAAUGCUUUCUGAUGAUUAAUUAAUUUUAAAAGAAUUACUAGAACAAAAUAAAUAGCAAACUUAAACUAGCCGCCGACUCGUCCGGAGAUUUCAUUUCCAUUUGUUGUAUGAAACAUGUUAACUUAGGUUAUAUUUACUACUUAAGCGAAUUAAUGCAGGCAUGUUGUAGUGCCAAGAAUUAUAAAAAAAAUAAGUUAAAACGUCUAUUGUUGAAAUUUAUCUAUUUUUAAGAAAUAAAAGCAUCUAUUAUAAACUUAAGUGCAAUUGUCAAUCAUUCCAAUAUAACAAUGAGAUUUAUAAAUAUAUUUUAUAUAAAAAAGAAUAUUUUAUUGUAAAUAAAUGCUAAGGCGCUUGUUGAUUCUAAACAGUAUGGGGCAAAUUGGCUUUAAUCUUUUAUAAUAGAUUUAAAUUACAUUUUAUUAUAAACAAUAAACAAAAACAAUUCUAAAAUUUAUUGCUUGCAAAUUUUUUAAGGAUCUCAACUUUCUUAUUUUAACACUGAACUGUCAAAAAAAUAAACUAAAUGCGGUCAAUUUAUUUACUAAACUAGUAUUCUCUUUAUUUUUAACUAUUUACGGCUUCUUCAGACUUUUUCAUACAUCAAUAUAUGUACUUGUUAUAUAAUGAAAUAUAUGAAACGACUGCAGACUUCGGAUAUAACAUAUUAAACAUAAAAAAGUACAAUGAUAGACAAUAAAUGCUAUUCUUAUGCAAUCAAUUUUUAAAUUUAACAAUUCCUACUUUUAUGAUAAGAGUAUUAUUAAUUUCUUACCAACCAAUAUUUAAUCUGUACAUGUGUGUUAUAAAGAUUGUUCCAGAAACUGUAAAGCCAGUUACACACCUUUAGUUUUAACUGUAUAGUACAGUACACAUGUACGAUUUAACUACACAUAAUACUGAAGGUGUGUAGUGGAGUUUAAUAAAAUGUUAUAAUUUAAGGUUAGUUUCCACUGAUGUCGAGUUUUUCAAUGAUAAUGAUAUUUUUGUAUAAAUUCAAUAAGUGGAAACAAACGAAUAAAAUGCAAGGUUUUUAGUAAUAUUUUUUGGUCAAUUUACAAGAAUGCGCGUUUUUUCCAGUCUUAGACGCUUUCAAAGUGAACCAAAUUUCUGUACAAUUAUUUAUCAUGUCGUAAUUCAAAUGUUUUUUAUUUAUACCCAUAUCUAUUUUCCAAUUCCCCAACUCAUGAACUGCGAUACUGUUAUUGUUUUAUUAUGUGAUUGUUAUUAACAGAAUUUACUACGUAAAGUGCCUGUAUUUAUAUUAUAAUGCUGUAUGGUUUUGUUGAUAAUAAACGAUGCUUAUUGCUCCA